UUGGCCGGCCGCGCUUCAGCACCCGCAGAGCCGGACAGCGCCUGCUGCAUGGAGCUGCCCGCCGCGGCCACGGACGCCGUCGGGAGCCCCGCCCGCCGCCGCGCCGUCUCCUUCCCCGGGGGCCCCGGGGAGCUGGAACUGGCGUUAGAGGAGGAGCUGGCGCUGCUGGCGGCCGGGGAACGGCCGUCCGACCCCGGAGAGCAGCCUGCGGCCGAGCCCGGGCCUCUGGCCGAGGAGGCCGGACUGCUGCCCCUGCCCGCCCAGGACCCCGAGCUGCUGUCGGUGAUCCGGCAGAAGGAGAAGGACCUGGUGCUGGCGGCCCGGCUGGGCAAGGCGCUGCUCGAGAAGAACCAGGACAUGAGCCGGCAGUACGAGCAGAUGCACAAGGAGCUGACCGACAAACUGGAGCACUUAGAACAAGAGAAACACGAACUAAGAAGACGAUUUGAGAACCGAGAAGGAGAGUGGGAAGGGCGUGUGUCCGAGCUGGAGAGUGACGUGAAACAGCUUCAGGAUGAGUUGGAGAGGCAGCAGGUUCACCUACGGGAGGCCGAUCGGGAAAAAACACGGGCUGUCCAGGAAUUAUCGGAACAGAACCAAAGGUUAUUGGAUCAGCUCAGCAGGGCAUCGGAGGUGGAGAGACAGCUGUCCCUGCAAGUCCACGCCCUCAGAGAGGACUUCCGGGAGAAGAACUCGUCCACCAGCCAGCACAUCAUCCGCCUGGAGAGCCUGCAGGCCGAGAUCAAGAUGCUGUUGGAGCAUCGUCUCAGCGCCACCUUAGAGGAGAACGACCUGCUCCAGGGGACGGUGGAGGAGCUGCAGGACCGGGUGCUGAUUCUGGAGAGGCAGGGCCAUGACAAAGACCUGCAGCUGCACCAGAGCCAGCUGGAGCUGCAGGAGGUGCGGCUCUCCUGCCGCCAGCUGCAGGGGAAGGUGGAGGAGCUCACCGAGGAGAGGAGCCUGCAGAGCUCGGCCGCCACCAGCACGUCCCUCCUGUCCGAGAUCGAGCAGAGCAUGGAGGCCGAGGAGCUGGAGCAGGAGAGAGAGCAGCUGAGACUGCAGCUCUGGGAGGCCUACUGCCAGGUCCGCUACCUCUGCUCCCACCUUCGAGGCAACGACAGUGCCGACUCGGCCGUCUCCACGGACUCCUCGAUGGACGAGUCUUCGGAAACCUCGUCUGCCAAGGACGUGCCAGCCGGCAGCUUGCGGACGGCCCUCAGCGAGCUCAAGAGGCUGAUCCAGAGCAUCGUGGAUGGCGUGGAGCCCCCGGUGACUCUGCUGAGUGUGGAGAUGACUGCACUCAAGGAGGAGAGAGACCGACUCAGAGUGACGUCUGAGGACAAGGAGCCGAAGGAGCAGCUUCAGAAGGCCGUCCGGGACCGGGACGAGGCCAUUGCCAAGAAGAACGCUGUGGAGCUAGAACUCGCCAAGUGCAAGAUGGACAUGAUGUCUCACAGCCAGCUGCUGGAUGCCAUUCAGCAGAAACUCAACCUCCAGCAGCUCGAGGCUUGGCAGGAUGACAUGCACAGGGUCAUUGACCGGCAGCUGAUGGACACGCACCUGAAGGAACGGAGCCGGCCUGCUGCUGCCCUCUCCAGGGCCCGUGGCGCAGGGCGUGGGGUCGAGCCCAGCACCGCUGAAGGCAAACGGCUAUUCUCAUUCUUCAGGAAAAUUUGAGUUGGGAGGAGCCAGGCCAGCGAGGACGGGUGGACUGGAGGCGAGGAAAGGGUGCGGGUGAGGCCGAGAGCACUGUGUUCAUGUGCAAGGGCUCCCCUGCUGGGCUCUGGGGCGCUGCCCGCCCGCACUGGGGCCAUGUCCUCCAGGAGAGCCUGCCUGGCCUCUGAAGGCCACCCUGGGUAGAGGGACAGGCAGGAGCCUGUCCCCAUGGCCCAGCCCAGCCCAGCCUGGGCACCCCUAGGAUCCGCUGCUGUUGAGCAGGGGCUCAGGCUGCCCAGAGCGACCCACCCCUCAGUGGCUCCCGUGCCCCACCCCAGGCUGCUGCCCUCCCUGUGGGAUCUGGGGAGCGGGAGAAACACGCCCUCUCUGCGUCCUCAGGAGGCUGCCCCCGGGGCCGAGCCUGCAGGGCACCACGCCCGGGCCUGAGCCUCCAUCCUCCCCAGCCCUGGCCCAGGGAGUAAGGGGAGGCGGCCCCUCACCCAUGUGCAUGCACCUCUGUCAGGAGCACCUCUAGGCAGGAGACCCAGCCUGUGGGGCCUGACGGCUGGGGCUGUUCUCGUGCGCUCGGCCACAGUGGGCUCUGCAAAGGCUUGGCCGAGGCCAUCCGAGCCCAGAGGAAGAAGGGCCUGCCCCCAGCGCCACUGCUCUCCCUCCCGGCCUGUGCCAGUGCAGGCCUCCCCCUCAGCCAGUCUUCUUGCAGGUCCUCUGCAGGCUUGAGCCAUCCAGCCCUUUCCCUUCAUGGGCCAGGGCUGGGAGGGGUCCCCGCCUCCCAGCCUCCUGCUCCCCUCACCUAUACAAGUUCUUGGUUCAGCCAAGCAAGUCCAGGACACAGAAUGGCCCCAGAAGGCUCUGCAGCCACCUCCACCUCAAGGGCAGCACUGUCACCACGGGCGAUGCCUCCAGAUACUGCCCACCAGGCCUGCGGAAGGACGAGUCCUGCAACUGCUGCUCCCUCGGCAGCCACGCACCUUCUGAGGAGGCCCUCGCUCAGAGGCACCGGCUGAGCCAGCCGCGAGCUGCCUCACCUGGGAGCAGCCCAGGAGGGAUGAGCGGAAAGAAUGUACCUAUAGAUAUGUACAUACCACAGUGCUGUACUUUUGUAUGUAGCAAUCAUGUAAAUACAUGUAUGGAUUUUAUAAUAUACAUAUUAUAUAUAAAUCUAUAAAUGCAUAUUUUUAGAAAAACAGCACACCACUGCUUCUUUUGAAAAUAGUCUCAGAAUAAAUUGAAUUUCUACAGAG